AUGUUCGCGUUAUUUAUAUUAGUUACAGUCACUCUCUCUGAUGAUGUACACACACUCAAGACAGUUAAUUGCACUGAACCUGGCAUGUUUUGUGUGAACGAUGGGUAUCAUUCAAAUUACUUUUAUCUUUGCACUGAACGAUUCAAUGGAUACUUGAAAUGCCCAAGAAACACCGUUUGUGGGUAUCAAGGUAGAAUCCCAGACACUGAGAACCCAUGUGUCCCUGUUAGUGUAAAGAAAAGUGAAACCAAAACGGAUUCAAUUCCUUGUGUAAGUGAAGGGCUCUUCUGUAUCCAUGAUGGGAACCACGAAAAACAAUUUCUUAUGUGCUCUAGUACAUAUUCAAAUUACUUGAAUUGCCCAACUAAUUAUUCUUGUGGAUAUGACUAUAAAGUUCCUGACACUGAGAACCCAUGUGUUGAAGACCCCAAAAAAGUGGAGAACACUGACAUUUGCAUAGCUGAUGGUUUUAUGUGUGUCAAUGAUGGACUCCACAAUAAUCAAUUUUAUAUGUGCUCAAGUGGGUAUAAAGGUUUCAUGAAUUGCCCAACUGGGGCAAAGUGUUCUGGUGCAAUUUUGAUGCCAUUCACUCAAAGUCCUUGUGUUACCAUCUAA